GUGGAGCGGCGGAUCGGCGCGUCCCCUCCCGGAGGGCCCCCCGGCUCGCACCGCGCUCCGCUCCGCUCCGCUUGCACGUGGGCGGCCACUCGCGGGCUCGCCGCGGAGGGGGGAGGCUGCUUCCCCGGAGUCCCUCCUGGCGCCCACGUGGCGGGGAGGGGUGGAGACUUGAGAUCCUGGGGCGGAGUUGGCGGGGAGUUGCCAGGAGUCUCUGUGUGUGUGUGCACCCUCUCCCGGGCUGGAGGAGGGUCUCCCUGGACUGGCGACAUCUCAGUCUCAGUGUCCUCCUGCUGAAGCUGCUGGUGGGUGGGUACAGAGCCCCCAGGGAGCUUGGAAGCCAGCCCAGGGCAGCCCGGGGUGGAGAAACGUGUCCCCUUUCGCUGCCUUCCCAUCCCCCACUCCCCAAACCUUAAAGCAGGCGGGAAGCCGCUUCCAACCAGCCUGCCUCCCUGUUGAGCAGGGUUGCAAGGGCCUUGGCUCUUAGUUGUGCUUUCUGAUACCUACGUGUUCACUGCUAGGUACUGUCCUGUCGUGUGAAGGGGAAGUUUGGGAAACGCCCACCUUAAGACUUCUCAGUGAGUGGGGUCCUGUCCUGACCUAGUUUAUUUUUUUAAAGGAUUCUCUUAGCUGAAGUUCUCUGCCCAUCCUCUCACCCUCUCAGACUCUUCCCCCGUUGUAGAGACCAUCUAGGCCUGGCCCCAAAGCCCAUGUUACAGAACCUGGCUUUAGUAUUAGCAUUUUCUUGUUUUUCUCCUAUUAGAUUCAGUCCUCAGAGCUGAUUAAUCCAUUUAUUUGGAGGAACGAAGGAGAAAGGAAAGGGAAAAAUCACCUGUGGCAUAUGACUUCUAGGCCCAACAUGAGUGACAUUUCCUGCAAAAAACGGGAUGACUAUCUGGAAUGGCCUGAGUAUUUCAUGGCGGUGGCCUUCUUAUCAGCCCAAAGAAGCAAGGAUCCAAGUUCCCAGGUCGGAGCCUGCAUUGUGAAUACAGAAAACAAGAUUGUUGGGAUCGGGUACAACGGAAUGCCAAAUGGAUGCAGUGAUGACCUGUUGCCCUGGAGGAGAACAGCAGAAAAUAAGCUGGAUACUAAAUACCCGUAUGUGUGCCAUGCCGAGCUGAACGCCAUCAUGAACAAGAAUUCGGCUGAUGUGAAGGGCUGCAGUAUGUACGUCGCCUUGUUCCCGUGUAAUGAGUGUGCUAAGCUGAUCAUCCAGGCAGGUAUAAAAGAAGUCAUUUUCAUGUCGGAUAAAUACCACGACAGUGAGGAGACAACGGCCGCCAGACUCCUGUUUAAACUGGCUGGGGUUACGUUCAGCAUUUCAGCCUCUCAGGAACAUCGGGCCAGUUUCUACCAGCUCCCUAGGUCCCUGUGAUGCAGACAUGCCCCCCUGGCCCUUGGGGCAUAAACAUGAAGGCUCAUGGCUCAGCACAGGACUCAAUCCAUUUGGACCCCGAGUUCCCGAGAAUCCGUGGCCAAGCAGUCUUUCUAUUAUCGCUCGGUGAUUGGAGUUUUCAGGCUUGGGAUUACCGCCAAUGGGAAGCAGAUGGGCUUCGAAUCAAGAAAUAGGCACUUGAGCAGCCCAGCACCGCUCUGUUUGCGAAGAGGCUCUUAGGCCACUUUAUGUGGCUGGAGAUCAUCAUUUGCAGAAAGCCGUGCAGAAAUCUCGCCAGCCCAUGGGAACACCACCGCUCCAGGACGUUGUCCUGUCCUUCCUGCCCACUGCAGCUAAGCAGCCACCCAGGUGGGAAGCCUUGCUGCAGGACCGAUGUCACCUGGGACCAGCCUGGCUCCCCCACCCCCCCACCCCGGGGGGAGGGAGAGAACCUCCCUUUUGCCCUAGCUGUCUGCUUCUUCUCUGCUAUGAAAAGCUCAUAGAAGCCCUCAUGACUCAAAGCACAGUUCCUGACCCCUCCUCACACCUCCCCGGAUUUCUCACCCACCAAAGCCCAGAGACCAAGGGGUGACAUAUCCGGAAUGGUACGGCCUUGGGCGAAGAGCUCAGAUGGGUAGCGGUGGCUCUUGACUCAAGGACAGGGAAGUGGCUUUGCAGAGUGAUGUUUCCUGGGGUUUCCUGACCCCUGGUCUCUCAGUUAAUCUUGCCCUUUCUUCCUCGGUGAGGUCAUGUCAGCCAUCAUGCAUUUACAUAAGGGGCCCUUCCUCCCCACAUCACGCCACCCCCCUUCCCAGUUGCUAAAAGGCGAUUUAAUAUGCAGAAGCUCUGCUAGACAGCAUUAGGUUAUGACACGAGAAACUGGGAAAAAAAAAAUCCAGGCCCCAACUCUGCCCUUCAGGUGUCCUCCUGAGAGACAGAGACAGAGAGAGAGAGAGAGAGAGAGAGAGAGAGAGAGAGAGAGAGAGAGAGAGAGAGAGAGAGAGAGAGAGAGAGCCAUUGUUGGCCAAGGGCAGAACAGGCAGGCUGGGAGUCUGGAAUGCAGAGAACACCUGGGAAACUGAGGCCACUUCGUCUGUUCUCAAAGGAGUGUUGAGACUCGUGGGAGUUCUCAUGUUCAAGUAGGUCCCAGGACCCGACGCUUCCUUCCUUCACUCUGCAGCAGGCACAGGGACCUCUCCAGACAGGGAGCGAAGAAGAGGACGUGAACUCUCUUUCAGCUCAGCCCCUUGGAAAGAUGCCUUCACUCACCGGCGACUACCUCACUUAGCCAUUAAAUGUCAGCGCAGCCCCGUUCACAGGGGGGAGAG